AUGAGCUUCCUGGUAUUGGAACUGUUUCUGGUUUUCCUGCUGACCAUAUUUCUGUUGCACAAGUACGGAAAUUGGCGACGACAGCAUCUGAUCGUAACUCUUGCCGUGUUGUUGGCAUGGAACUUUGCGUUCACGAUCGUGUUCACGCUUCCAUUGGACGUUGUCUUGACCUUCUUCAAACGCUGUGUUUCGGAUGCAAAUAUCACGGCAUAUUUCCCAUGUCAAAACGUCACCGAUAACAGCAAAGACUGUAUCGUUUCCCUUGCUGCUCUUGAUCGAGGCUGUAAAAUCCCGAGAAAUUACGUACCGGACUACGUGUUGCCUUUGUUGUGGCGAAUCGUCUAUUGGACUUCACAGAUUCUGACAUGGAUCAUUCUUCCAAUUAUGCAGUCUUGGGUUAGAGCUGGAGAGUUUUCGACACUGGGUAAACUGAAAAGAGCAUUGUACAACAACGCAGUAUACUACGGCAGUUUACUACUGGUUUUUGGUUUUCUUCUGCUGUACGCCGCUGUAAAGGGCAUCAUUAUCAGUGGGGAGAAUUUAAAAGUUAUUUGCAUAACGACCAGCAAUACAUGGGGUUUGUUCAAUUUGGUGCUUUUGCUUGGCUACGGCUUAGUUGAAGUUCCCCGCAAGAUCUGGCUUUCAGGCUCCAAAGGCUACUCGUUGCGCAAAUGUUACUUUCAGAUAGGAAAGCUGUCGACCGAGAAAGUAGAUUCUGAAGAAUCACUUAAAGAGACAUACAAGGAGACUCUCGCCUGCUGUUCCAACGCCGAAAACUCGUUCACUUACCGGGCACAUGCUGAAGUUAUAUUACAAAAGUUUCCAGAGGAUUUCGUGCGCGCAAUGGCGACAAAAAGACGGCGUGAUUCGUCAUCGGAAAUUGUGCCAAAGUUCGUCACUGACGAAAAGACUCUUGUGAAUUUGCACAAGCGAGUGAUCACCGCUGUUCAGACGUACCACCGAUCGUUUGCGCAGUACGAAACGACGCUUCGUCGAGCAUUGCAUUUUGAAGACGUGGCGAAAAGCGAACAGAACACGUCGCACGUCUUCUUGCAUGCGAAAGACGGCUCCUCCAAUUUCUUCACCAAGUACUUGUACACACCAACAGUGGAGUGGUACUGGGAGUGCAUGUUGAGAAGGUACAUGCUGAAGGGCAUCGGCGCCAUGGCAGCCAUUAUGUCAGCGGUUAUCGUGUGGUCAGAGCUCACCUUUUUCAGUGUUCAUCCACCGCUGUCACUCACCGCCAUCUUUGUCAUGCUCGCAGCUCGCAACGAAGAUUACUUUUACAUCGAGUUUUCUUCGUUCCUUAUCAUCACGUACUUGUGUUUCUGUGCGUACUCUUCGGUGUUUCGACUGAAAGUUUAUCGGUAUUAUUACUUGGACUCGCACCAUCAAACGGACGAAAACAGUUUGCUGUUUAGCGCCAUUUUGCUUUGUCGCUUGACUCCCCCACUAUGUUUAAAUUUUCUGGGCGUAAUCCAUCUUGAUGUGCACGUGACGAAUGACCCAAGUUCUACAGUCGAAACCGCAUAUACUAAAAUUAUGGGUCACAUGGACGUAAUACCGAUUAUUUCUAAUGGAUUUAACGUUUACUUUCCAAUGGCAGUUUUGGUACUGUGUGUGUUUACUUAUUUUCGGUUGGGCAUCCGACUGCUUCAUUUUAUGGGCUUUGAACAGUUCAUUGGCGACGAUGAGUUAACGGUCGAAUUGAACGCAAGCAGAUUCAAAGAGAAGCUGACCGAAAGAAGCGAAAUCUGUUUUGGCGAGAGAAACUUGGCGAACGUGAAUUUUCAGAUGCACUGA